AUGCCUAGUGUACACAGCACAAGAAAGAAGCUCAACCCUCCUCCCUCACAAACUGCAAAAGUGCAAGUGCUGGCUAUUCAGGGCCAAGCGGGUAGUGACGAAAGCUCGAGCUAUGAGCAGCGAAUACUUGACCGCAUCAAGAAGUGUCUCCAGCGAGCGGAGCAUGCAAACACGCCAGAAUCGGAAGCCCAAGCCGCAUGGCGUAAGGCAAGUCGCCUGAUGGCUCAAUACAACGUCACGCAGGCCGAUCUUCUAGACCAGACUACUAACAAUGACGACUACGCAGCUCUAGGAGGGCAGUCCGUCGUGGAUAUUACGAGCACUAAGGGUGGUGAAGCAAAUGUGAUCUCCCAAACUUGGGUUCUGGAGAUUGUCUCCGCGAUUACUACCUUAUUCGACUGCCGGAGCUAUUCCACCCAUCGUCGAACCUCCAUUGAAUGGACCUUUUACGGGAUCUCUGCGAACACGGUCGGCGCAGCAAUGGCCUUUGAAAUGGCUCAUAAUCUGACACUUGAAUGGGCCCGGAGCAAAACUGGCAAAAAUGCAAGGCAUAGCUAUUGCCUAGGCGUUGGCGGAGGCCUGCUGAAGAUUGCCCGGAAGGAGAAGAGUGAGGAGGCGAAACAUUCGGACGGGGCAGGAGGACGAGGUGAGCAAAGUCAACGAGAAGAACGCAGUCCCCAUGCUGCAGAGGUUUCUCAUCCUGGUCAGAAUGCGACCUCAUACACAUUGCUCAACGCCAGGCUCUCACCGUGCCGUGAGAACGACGACGAGCUGGCAAUCAAGCUAGACGAUAGUGAUAAUGACUCCUACGAUACGGCAAGAGAGCAGGGAAAUAUUACUGACGAUGGCGACUUCCAAGAUCAAACAAGUGUCAGUGACGAGGCCGAAGCUGAGGCUGAAGUAACUUCUAAGGAGCAGGAAGAGGAGCCACUUGACCUGGACACUGACUUUGAAGAGCAACUUCACCGGAUGGCACCCCGUCAUGUCCCUGAAAUCUUGACGAUUGUGGUUGACCACGACAGGGAAGGUCAGCUCACGGUCAAUCCCUGGAAUUCAUGGCAGGCCCUGGUGCGAUUUCGUCAAUCCGCCGAGAAGGUUGCAACGGAGUACCUGAAGGCGCAGAACAGGAAGCUUCACAAAGGUAGACGCAGAGAAUACACAAUCAGGAACAAGGGUGCGUACCGAGAUGGAGUUGAAGACAGCAAGAAGAUCGAUGUGAAGAGGAGAAGGAUCCAGGGUGCUUGA